AGUUGAGAAUCAUGGCUGCAGGAAAAUUUGCAAGCUUUCCCAGAAACAUGUCGGUGAAUCACCAGUUCCCUCUGGCCUCCUCCAUGGACCUUCUGAGCAGCAAGUCCCCUCUCGCUGAGCAUCGCACAGAUGCCUAUCAAGACGUGUCUAUACACGGAACCCUUCCGCGGAAGAAAAAAGGCCCUCCUCCCAUUAGGUCCUGUGAUAACGUCAGUCAUCUGGGCACCCUCCCCCACUCCAAAUCCCCACGGCAGAGCUCACCUCUGACCCAGGACGUCAUCCAGGAAAACCUUUCCCUGCAAGACUGGAAAGGUGAAACCUUCACCUUCAGAGAUCCACAUCUUCUGGACCCAACUCUGGAAUAUGUGAAGUUCUCCAAGGAGAGGCACGUCAUGGACAGGACCCCUGACAGGCUGAAGAAGGAGCUGGAGGAGGAGCUGCUGCUGAGCAGCGAGGAUCUGCGCAGCCACGCCUGGUACCACGGCCGCAUCCCCCGACAGGUGUCGGAAAACCUCGUGCAGCGAGAUGGGGACUUCCUGGUUCGCGAUUCUCUAUCCAGCCCUGGGAACUUCGUCCUCACCUGUCAGUGGAAGAACCUCGCUCAGCACUUCAAGAUCCACCGCACGGUUCUGCGGCUCAGCGAGGCCUACAGCCGCGUGCAGUACCAGUUUGAGAUGGAGAGCUUCGACUCCAUCCCGGGGCUGGUGCGCUGCUACGUGGGCAACCGCCGGCCCAUCUCCCGGCAGAGCGGCGCCGUCAUCUUCCAGCCCAUCAACAGGAUGGUGCCCCUGCGGUGCCUGGAGGAGCGCUAUGGCACCUCCCCGGGCCGGGCACAAGAGGGCGGCGCUGCCGAGGGGAAGCUGGACAUGGCCAAGAGGCUGAGCCUCACCAUGGGCUGCGUCCAGGCCCAGGAGCAGAGUUUGCCCAGGGGAAACCUCCUCAGGAACAGAGAGAAGAGCGGCAGCCAGCCAGCCUGCCUGGAUCACACACAGGACAGGAGGACCUCGGCCCUCAAAGCCCAUCAGUCAGAAAGUCACCUGCCGAUCGGCUGUCAGCUGCCCCCUCAGUCCCAGCGGAUGGACGCAAGCCCCUGCCCAAACUCACCCGUGUUCAGGACGGGCAGUGAGCCCACGCUGAGCCCAGCGGUUGUUCGCAGGGUCUCCUCGGACAAGAGGGCAGGUGAGGCACUGCGGGGAUCAGACAGCCAGCUGUGCCCCAAGCCACCCCCCAAGCCCUGCAAGGUGCCCUUCCUCAAGGCGCCCGCCCCGCCGGCUGCCGGGCUCAACUCAGAGGCCAACUACUGUGAACUGAACCCCGCCUUUGGUGCAGGCUGCGACAGUGGAGCAAAGCUGCCCUCACGUGCCCAGGGCAGCCCCGCAGAACUGCUGGCAGCCAAACAGAAUGGGGCAGCAGGUCCCCGGCACUCCGGCACGAACUACUUGAUUCUUGAUGGGGUCGACGGAGCCAGACCUGGGGACCUCCCGGGAGCACAGAUGGGUGAGGGGCAGGAAGACAAGUGCAAGUUUGUGAGGCCCCUCCUGGAGACUGUGUCCUCCUUCAGGCCCAAUGACUUUGAGUCCAAGCUCCUUCCUGCUGAGAACAAGCCCCUGGACACAGCUAUGCUGAAACGGGCGAAAGAGCUGUUCAUUAACAGCGACCCUAAGGUCAUCGCCCAGCACAUGCUGAGCAUGGACUGCAAGGUUGCUAGGAUACUCGAAGUCUCUGAAGAGAUGAGGAGGAACAUGGGUGUGAGCUCAGGGUUGGAGCUUAUUACCUUGCCUCAUGGACGCCAGCUGCGCCUGGACAUAAUCGAAAGACACUGCACAAUGGCCAUCGGCACUGCGGUGGACAUUCUGGGCUGCACAGGCACUUUGGAGGACCGAGCAGCCACCCUCAAUAGGAUCAUCCAGGUGGCGGUGGAACUGAAAGAUUCCAUGGGGGACCUCUAUUCUUUCUCAGCCAUCAUGAAAGGCCUGGAAAUGCCACAGAUUGUGAGGUUAGAAAAGACGUGGACUGCCCUGCGGCACCAGUACACCCAAACUGCCAUCCUCUAUGAGAAACAGCUGAAGCCUUUCAGCAAAAUGCUGCAUGAAGGCAGAGAGUCCACGUGUAUCCUCCCAAGUAACGUGUCAGUCCCACUGCUGAUGCCACUUGUGACCUUAAUGGAGCGUCAGGCUGUCACUUUUGAAGGAACUGAUAUGUGGGAAAAAAAUGACCAAAGCUGUGAAAUUAUGCUGAAUCACUUGACAACAGCACGAUGCAUGGCAGAGGCUGCGGACAGCUACCGGGUGAAUGCUGAAAGGGUCCUGGCAGGCUUCCAACCAGAUGAAGAAAUGAGUGAAAUCUUUAAGACGGAAUUUCAAAUGCGAUUGCUAUGGGGCAGCAAAGGUGCAAAAGUCAAUCAGACAGAAAGAUAUGAGAAAUUCAACCAGAUUUUAACUGCGCUUUCACGUAAACUGGAACCUCCUCCUGUAAAGCAGGCUGAACUCUGAAAACUCCAGAGAGCCUCUUGGUAUCAUUUCGAGCUUCUCCAGUUUCUGCUUUGGGAAAGCUUUUCAUCUGAUAAUGUGGAAAUCUGACAAUAUACAAGCUUUUAAUAUCCACAGGAUAUUAAAUGUGUAAAUUGCACAGAGCACACUUAUUUAUGACUUGUUUAAAACUACUACUGAUUUUUACAUGAAUGAUAAUUUAUUAUUAAGGUAACUAUUGUGAAUGUUGAUUGGCAAAUUUAAGAGAAGCCUCGCUACACUGGCUGGUCACUUUCUGUUAUCCUGGUAUUUGACCAUUUUAGUUUUCAUUCCCUGUCAGAUAACUGUAAAUAGUUUAAAAGCAUGAAACAUUUCAGAAGGUAUCAGUUGUAUGAUAUUCUUUAAAUAAAUAUGAAAAUGUAAAUAGUCAUGAAUGAAAAUAUAUCUUUUGUGAAACAGUUGUA